AUGUUUGGUGGUGAUUUUGGUACUACGAAUAUUACAAAUUUAGUUUUUACUUAUAAUAUAAAAACACAAAUAUUUAGUAAUCCAGUAACUAUUAAUCAACCUGCGAAUAUGUAUACACGUUCUGUUUGUGACCUUAAAACCGGAAGAAUGUUAAUGUUUAAUGGAACUAUGUGUAUUUUGGAUACAAAAACAUUAACGUGGAGUGUUG